CUAGACGUCUCCAUCGUCACCCGUCACGUAGGGGUUUGCUGGCUCCUUGAUGCCCGUCAGGAACUCCUUGAUGCCCGUCAGGAGCUCCUCUAGGUCUGCCUUGCUGACCUCCAGCUGCUUCUCACCCGGCUCCCCGGGGGCAGCUGCCGCCAACCACAACGAAAGAAGGAGGGCGCCGAGGAGAGAAAAUACUGAGGGGCGUGACAUAGGGUUCCUGUCCAGAGCAGUUUCGAGUACCUCACGUUCUUGCGCUGCCGCAUGCGCCGUUGGGAUGGCCAGGUUUGCGAUGCCAGCCAAAUUGACUGAAGCUGAGCGCAGUGAUGACAU